AUGUAUAAUUACUUUAUAAUAUAUGCAGAAGUCAUCACAUUAGAAGAUGAUGAAAAGAGUUAUUAUGGAGUUGCUGGAACAAAUAGUGUUUAUAAUUUUAAGGUAAACAAAGAUCAAUCAAGUUCUUCUGUGAUGUUUGUUCGAGAUGGACCUGAGAGCAUAAAUUAUAUCGGAAUGGGAUGGCAUGUGGCUCCACAAUUAUACAAUGACGAUGAAACUCAUUUUUAUGUCGUAUGGACGACAGACAACUUCAAGAAUACAGGAUGCUUCAAUUUACUAUGUCCAGGAUUUGUUCAAACUAGCCAAGCAAAUUACCUUGGUGGUCAAUUUUCGAAUACAUCAAUCCAUGGUGGACCUAUUAUAGAAAUAACAAUGUCUAUUAGUCAGGAUCCUAAAACAAAAAAUUGGUGGAUAAGUAAUGAAUAUGAAAAUCUUGGAUAUUUUCCGCCGUCUUUGUUCUCAAACUUGUAUUCUGCUGGUCAAGUAGGAUGGGGUGGUAGAACAUCAACUUCUCCAGGUGCUCCUAGUCCUCCAAUGGGUUCUGGAUUAUUCCCUGAUAAUAAUUAUUAUCAUGCAGCAUAUUUUAUAAAUGUUUCACAUCAGAAUGACUCCACAACAAGUUAUGGACCCGAAUGGUAUUUAACAGAGUCAUACUUUGAUAAACCUGAUUGCUUUUCUGCUGAAUACUAUGGAAAACAAGAUCGAGAGGUUGGAUUUUCUCUCCAAUAUGGAGGGGUAGGGGGUAAUUGUGGUGAUUAA